AUGUCGCUAGACCCCUACCAAACGCCCUCCAAACCACGGCGACCAGCGCCCAGGCCAAAACCCUCACAGCCCUGGACGACCGCGCGCUGUCACCGCCUGCUGCGCCCGCUGAUAUCGCGUAUCGCUUCGCUCAGGAGAGACGCCGCCGCUAUAGCUACUGUCUCGGCCACAGCAACUUCCAUAUCAACACCAUCAUCAUCAUCAUCAUCAUCAUCAUCAUCAAUAUCGAACGUCGCCAAGAGCAGCGGUCUAAAUCGCGAGGGCGCAGAUACGCCAGAAGCCGACAGCAAAUGGCUCAUGCCCAAGAAGAAGCGCGUCCGUCUAACGUACUCCCAGCGACGGGCGCCGCGCCAGCAGCAAGAUGACCAGCCAGGCGAACGAGAAGAUGGGGAUGAGCGGCCGGCGGUUGUACAGAAAGCAGAGGUUCGGAGGAAGACCGUGAGAUGCCUCCGCCACGAUGGGCAGAGCAGUACGGCGUUCCGCGGCGAAAUCAUGGCACCCACGCCCUUACUGCGGCGCGCGCGUGGUCACAUAGUACCCUCACCUCUGCCUGUUGCGCGUAGCUCAGGGGAAGAGGAGCGAUGCGAAGACAAGAGGCGAGAGCCCCGUACGAAGAGGAGCACCAGUACACGGAAGGCUCUGGAUGGGCGUCUGGCGAAAAUCCGUGUGAACUCACCAGCUGAAAGGUACAACGAACUCGAAGCGAUAUACAAGAGUCUUGAAGCGCUCCUGAAAGCCACAGCCCUGGACACGGCACAGACGCGAGGCCCACGGUCAUUCUUGGAUAUGUGCUUGAGGAAGGUGCCGCAAUACAUCACUGAGCUCGACGCCUGGGAGAGGUGGGAGGCGGAGCAGAGCGGCACGAUCACCACACUUGACGAUGUCGACACCUCUGCUCAGAUUUAUAAUGAGCUGGAGUCAAUCGGGACGAACCAGGGGUGGAAACACCUUAGGGUCGUCGUGAGGGCAGAUGGAGUCGAGGCAGCGAGGGAAGGCAUUGCGGAAAGACUCUUCAGCGACGAUUUCUCUCAGUUGCUGAUAGAUCUCUGUAUUCAGUCAGGCGCAGUGGCGGAAGCUGAGGAGCUCAUGGCGGCCCUUGUCGACCGUCCAUUUCCACUGCCGGCAUCGCCAGAGAGCUCUUUUGCACAGUUCACGUCCCUCCAGCCCCUCACAGCUCUUAGUUCCUUCGCCACGAAAAGCGGUCGCGCGUCAUACACUCUUCGUCAGUACUCAGUAUUGUUAUCGAGUAAACACUUACCACAAGACUGGUUGGCAACCCCGGACUUUGAGCGGAUAUGGGGAUCAGCUGCUCGAGCAUUGUCAAGCAGAGAGGCUAUUUGCGACGUCAUCAACUUCAUGGUCGAGUCCAUCUCGCUGAUGUGCAGUCGAAAAAGGACCUUCACUGGUACCGCCGAGACUAUUCAGUUGGAGAAGGACAUGUUGGAAGCGAAUCAGCGUACGCUGACGAGCGCCCUGACAAUAGUCUCGGCCAUGAGUCUGCUAGGCGAGAACGCAACUCAGACAUCGCGCAUCCGAGACGCAGAUGUCUGCAAAGUUAGCCUCCUUGUCGACAGGCUCAAGUACAUCCUCAAAGCAUGCAUAGCUGAGCUUGAGCCACAGGGACAAAGAUAUGUUGGCGCCAGGCUUGACCUGCUGUACUUGGCAUUAUUUCUUUCCUCGGGCAAAACUCAGGGAGAGACAGUCGCACGCUAUGUCAAAAGAAGCAUCGAGAAUGCCACAAGACAGCGUGACGCUCCCCGAGCGGCGAGAGGGAGUCCGACGCCAAACCAAUACGACAGCAUCGUCUCGCUCAUAGCGUCUGUUGCACGAAGCUGCAGUCGCGGAACGUCCGUAGCGUCUCACCAAUGUCUGGAUGUCCUCUUCGAGCGACUAAAUGUUAUGGAUAUUGGCCACCAAGUUUUGGAUAGCCUGAAGGCUGCAUCUGCCUUCUUACUUGCUCAACAGACCAACAACGUCAGGGAUCUUAUCUAUGCCGAAAGUCUGUACCCGCAUGCCAGAUCGAAACCCGGAGACACGCACGAUAGGCGAUCACUAUUCACGGGCUACCGCUGGGAAGAGACUAUUGGCGAAUGGGUGACAGUCAGCCCCAUUAUGAAGAGACGGCAAUCGAGAAAACGACAACUCCAGGCGUCUACGGGGGACGAGGAUGAUGACAAACACGCCGAGCAGUCUCCGGCUCGCCCCACGAGCUUGGCGAGCUUGAUGAGUCUCGGCACGAAUAACGUUCCAGAUCUGAAAACAAUACAUGGCCACGACGUUCGUACGAAGAAACCUCAUCAAAUGGAGGCUGAACACGCUUCGAGGAAGCGAACGCGUCACUCAUUGGGCGAAACGCUUACGCCAAUAUCAGCAUCCGCGGUGAACACACUUCUAGGCCAGGCCAGCGUCGUUGCCGUUUUGAAGGAACGGCCGUCCUCGAUCCUCCAUGACGAGCUCGCCGGGCAAGGGAAAGAGAACCGGGACCGAAUGUUCGCCAGGAAGCCAAGGCGCAGCUCAGGGAAGCUCGUCCUGGGCACUAGGUCACGAUCCAGCCUCUCGAGCCUACCGGACAAGGGACAGGCGGACAUCUAUAGCGAUGACGAGCUCUGCCUAUGA